UUGAUUCAACGUCUUGCAAUAAUAAUAAUUCUUAUCACUGAAGCUUUUUGGUUUGACGUUUGGCUAAAAGCAUGGAAUAUGUACACCUCAGAUUUCUUCAUUUUAGUUCAUCGUCACUUCACUCGUAACUUUACCAAUUUUUUGUCAGCAAUUCAGUGUUCUAUUAUAAUCCAUUAAUUAUAUCGGUUUCAUUUAUGUCAGCCCUCUCCGUGCUCGAAAGAAUGUGUGAAAUGUAACUCUUGAAAAAAUUCAUAAUAGCACUGUAUCAAUACGUGUACUCAUCAUCGCUUGUAAUAAACUAUAUUUCAAUGAGGUCUGAACUUUUGGGUGCAAGAAUAUUUGUGAGAUGUGCAAGUCUAUAUCUCUUUUAAUUUAGUAUCAUCUGCUGUACUUCUACCACUCGUUCAUCUUUCAUGCUCUCUUCUGUGCUCUGCUAGGAUGGAACAAGCACAACGGCAAACUUUGUUGGAGAGCCGCAAUGCAUUGGAGCGAACCAGUCAAAGUCUUGGUAGAUCGCAAAGGACAGCUGUUGAAACCGAAAUAAUCGGGACUGAGGUAUUGGCUGAGCUGGGUUCACAAAGGGAAACAUUACUCCGAGCAAGGAACAGAAUCACUGAUACCAAUGAACAAUUAACAGAGGCCCAUCGCAUUUUAUAUGCCAUGCGCAGGCAAAUUUUUACUAAUAAAAUAGUUCUUAUUUUUAUCAUAGUCACUGAAAUUCUUGUAUUAGGUUUAAUGUUGUAUGUUAAGUUUAUACGAAAUAGAUUUUAGAACUAUUGUUAUA